AUGGAAAGUUUAGCAAUAUCGUUUACAAUCUAUGGAUUUGUCAUAAUUUUAACAUUACUGUAUGGAUUACUACGAUUUCAUCUGCAAUUUUGGCGGCGCCGUGGUAUUCCUCAUCGAGAACCGGCUUUUCUUUUCGGCAAUUUACAAUGUGUACUUGAAAAGCGUCAUAUACGUGAGGCCUUUAGUAAAGUAUAUCAGGAAUUUAAAAGCACUGGACCAUUUUGUGGUUUCUUUCUCUUGAUGAAACCAGCUGUAAUCGUUUUCGAUUUGGAUUUGGUCAAAAAAGUGCUCAUUAAAGAUUUUAAUCUUUUUGAAGAACGUGGCAUGUAUUAUAAUGGUAAAGAUGAUCCUUUGACGGCUCAUCUUUUUAAUGUGGAGGCCGAAGAAUGGCGCAAAAUGCGUAAUAAAUUAUCACCCACUUUUACCUCGGGAAAAAUGAAACUAAUGUUUCCCAUAGUGGCCAAAAUAGGACAAGAAUGUAAUAAUGUGUUAAAUGAAAUGCUAAGAGCAGGACCGCAUAUCGACGUUAAGGAACUAAUGGCUCGCUAUACCACCGAUGUUAUAGGCACCUGUGCUUUCGGUCUAGACUGCAAUAGUUUGAAAAAUCCCGAGGCUGAAUUUCGUGUUAUGAAUAGAAAUAUAUUUACCAAUUUUCGUCAUUCCCGAGUUGUGCAUUUAUUUAUGCAACUCUUGCCUCAAGUGUCUAAAACGUUAAGAAUGAAAGAGCUACUAGAUGAGACACAUGAUUUUUAUUUUAGAAUUGUUAAAGAAACCAUGGAUUACCGUGAGAAAAAUCACAUAAAACGUAAUGAUUUUAUAGAUUUACUAAUAGAAAUGAAAAAUUCGAAAGAUAAAGAUAAACGUUUGAAUAUGAAUGAGAUUACCGCCAAUGCAUUUGCCUUUUUUCUGGCAGGUUUUGAGACGUCGGCUACUACCAUGACUUAUGCUCUAUAUGAAAUGGCUUUACAACCAAGAGUACAGGAUAAAUUAAGAAAGGAAAUUUUGCUAGUUUUAGAGAAAAACAAUCAAGAGUUGACUUAUGAAAAUCUUAAAGAAAUGCCAUAUUUGCAACAAGUAGUACAAGAAACUUUACGCAAAUAUGCCGUAUUUCCUUUCCUACAGCGUAAGGCCAAAAUAGAUUAUGAUACCAAAAUUCCUGGAUAUAUUAUACCCAAAGAUACGCUAGCCAUUAUACCCAUAGAUGCUAUACAUCAUGAUCCCGAAAUAUAUCCCGAACCUCAACAAUUUCGUCCAGAACGUUUCAAUGCUGAAGAGGUGGCCGCACGUCAUCCCAUGACCUGGCUGCCUUUUGGUGCUGGACCUCGUAAUUGUAUCGGUUUAAGAUUUGGUAAAAUGCAAACCUAUGUAGGUUUAGUUUCAGUAUUAAAAAACUAUAAAUUUACACUUUGUGAUAAGACUCCUAUACCUAUAGGCUUGAAUGUGCAAUUGCCUUUAAUGACUCCUAUACAGGAAGUAGUUUUAAAUGUUGAAAAAAUCUGUGAUAAGUAA